AAAACUUUUACUUCAAAUACCGGGCGUUUGGUGAAAUAAUGUCGCCAUCAGUUUCGCGUGGUACCAGGAUCGAGAAUCGAACUCGGAUCCCUGAAUGCAAACAAAAUGGAAUGUACUGAAUAUUUUUAAACUUUUCACAUGCACAUAAUCCUAUGAGCCAAAAUUGGUAGCGCAUAUUUAAACAACUAUUUGUGACUCCCUCCCCUAAAAAAACAACAACAAAAAACCACCAAAAACAAACCAGGGAAACAGAAAAUAUCACUCUCCUUCCGUAAUUUUAGACACAUGCAAACUCACAAUCAAAAUACAAUCAACACCACCUGUUCAUGUGGUCAUCUAAUUUCGUUAUUUGAUAACCAAUGCCAACUACAUAAAAGUCGUCAAAUUUAUUCAGGCAUCAGAGUGUUUAACAAAUAUUUUGCCUUCCAGAAAGUAGUAGGUAUUUUCAAAGAUGAUGUUUUCUCUGUUAUGUCUUUACAUUGCAGUCAUUUUUCUUCAAACGGAUGCUAAAUCACUGUUGGGAAAAUCUGUGGAUUUUGCUGUCUUCCAGAAGAAACUUCACGGUGUUCAUGCUGGGUUUCAAAAAUCCGCCAAAGCAAAUGGUUAUUUACUGACGGAAACACAUUUUGAAACAAAGGUGAAAACCAUCUGUACACAUUCAGGAUGUUCGUCAUUUGCAGAAGAGAAUGACAGGGAUUGUCCCAAGGACUGGAAAAAAUUCUCAGGAAACUGUUAUAAGCUUCUGCCUGCCAAAAGGACCUGGUAUUCAGCAAAGAGCGCAUGCAAAGCACUCAAGGCAAAUUUGGCUGACAUAACAUCAGAAAGUGAAAAUCGUUGGCUACGUAAGACAUUUACAGGUUUGAAAAAAUAUGCUUGGAUCGAUGCCGCAGACAAAGCAAAGGAAGGAGAGUGGAGGUGGUCCUCCUCUGGAAAGCUGUUGACAUAUAAUGCUUGGAGUAAAGGGCAACCCAACGACGCGGGAGGCAAAGAAGAUUGUGGUCAUGUUUUUGAACAUGAAGGAAAGCUUCUUUGGAACGACAGACCAUGCAGUUACCAAACGCAAACUUUAUGCAAGAAAAAAGCUUAAACAAGGGUAUCCAGUCAUGAGUGUUGAAGUUCAAAAUUGUCGUGGAACUGAACUGUAAAUUAAAAAUGUAACGUUA